GACAUCAAAAAUGUGGGAGCAAGACGAGUUCGCUAAACACUGGAGGAGCGAGUUUCCGGACGGAGAUGUACCCCGAAUGGACCUGAACUCCGUGGAGGACAUCGAGUCUGAGCUGGAGAAAUGUAAAUCCAACAUGAAGAGGCUCCAGAAGGCUCUGGCGGAGGAGAAAUUCAAGGUGAUUUACCUGCAGACCACCGUGACUCAACGGAAGAGGAGCGAGCCGGAAAAGCUCGGAGCCCGAGAAGAAAACUUGAACGAACCUUUAGUGUCCUCAAUGAUGGGGGACAUUAGAAAACCGCUGCGGAGGGACGAUGGAGGCGGCGGGGAGAAGGUGGUGUCCGACCCGGCGGUCUUGUUGAAGCCCCACGCAGCAGUUAGCACCCCGGGAGCUUUCAGCGCCUUCAGCCGAGAACGGGGCCGCUUCAGCGGCAGGACGGGUAAGCCCGUCCCCAUCCCUGUCCCGCCGCCGAACUCCGGCUUCGGGCGGGGGGACACCGCCAAGAAGCCCCCCGCCGCCGCCCCCCGGGUGGUUGACAUCGAGGAGGACAGCGACAGAGAAUACGAGGACGCGGAGCUGAAUGAGACUUUCGUCAGGAAUAACUUGUUGACCCCGAACACCACGGGCAGGAACGGGCAGAGGACGACCAGCUACGGCCGGGGGCCCAUCCGCCACAGCCGGGACUUUGACUCGGGAGAGGACGGCAGGCUGUCCCCGCAGGCGCCCCGCAGACUGUCCCCGGGCUCCCGGUGCAGCACACCGGAGAGGAGGAGUGACGGCUACCUGAGCUCCGACCAUGAAGACUCCUCUUCUGCAGACUUUAACUAUAACACAGAUGGCUACGAGGGAGAAGCAGCAGAAGAUGGCAAGUCCCAGGACGGCUCUGAGACGUUGCCCUAUAUAGAUGAAUCUCCCACCAUGUCGCCCCAGCUGUGUGCUUCUCAGGGGGCGGAUAGACUCUACCCCACACCAAUAGAAGGUCUUCUGCUUGGGAGAGAGUUGGAGAAAGGGCUGGAGAUGAAGAAGCUGGUGCUGUCUGGUUUCUUGGCCAGCGAGGAGAUCUACAUCAACCAACUGGAUGCCCUGCUGCUGCCCAUGAAGCCCCUGAAAGCCACGGCCACCACGUCCCAGCCCGUCCUGACCAUGCAGCAGGUAGAGACCAUCUUCUACAAGAUCCAGGACAUCUUUGAGAUCCACAAGGAGUUCUAUGACGCCCUCUUGCCCAACAUACAGCAGUGGGACGAGAAGGUCACCGUGGGACAUUUGUUCAAGAAGCUGGCCAGCCAGCUGGGUGUUUACAAGGCUUUUGUGGACAACUACAAGAUUGCGGUGGAGACGGCAGAGAAAUGCAGCCAGGCCAACAUCCAGUUCCAGAAGAUUUCUGAGAACCUCAAAGUAAAAGGACCUAAAGACUCCAAAAACUGCACCACUUCAAUGGAGGCUCUCCUUUACAAGCCGAUUGACCGUGUCACCAGAAGCACCCUGGUCCUGCAUGACCUGCUGAAACACACGCCGAAAGACCACCCAGACUUCCCCCUCCUGCAGGACGCUCUCCGGAUCUCCCAGAACUUCCUGUCCUCCAUCAAUGAGGAGAUAGAUCCUCGCAGGACAGCUGUCACUACACCCAAAGGAGAGGCCCGUCAGCUGGUGAAGGAUGGGUUUCUGGUGGAGGUGUCUGAAAGCUCCAGGAAGCUUCGGCACGUCUUCCUCUUCACCGACCUGCUUCUUUGUGCCAAGAUGAAGAAGACAGCUGUGGGCCGCCACCAGCAGUAUGAAUGCAAGUGGUACAUCCCUCUGGCAGAUUUAACCUUCCAAACUCUGGACGAGACAGACUCCUGUCCGAGCAUCCAGGUCCUGCCCGAGCACGAGAUCGAAGAGAUGAAGAUGAAGAUCUCAGGUUUAAAGUGCGAGAUACAGAAAGAGAAGAAAGCACCAAAGGGUCAGAGCCGCGUGGAGCGUCUCAGGAAGAAGAUGAACGAGCAGGAGUCCUGGCUGCUCCUGCACUCCCCCACCAUCCCUUUUCGCAUCCACAACAAACACGGAAAGAGUUAUCAGUUCCUCCUCUCUUCUGACUAUGAGAGGUCAGAGUGGAGGGAAAACAUCCAGAAGCUCCAGAAAAAAGAUCUCCAGGUAUGUGUAUUAAGUUCUGUGGAGCUCCAGGUCCUGACCAGCUCCUGUUUCAAGCUGCGAACCGUCCACAACAUUCCUGUCACUAGUAACAAAGAUGAUGAUGAGAGUCCUGGUUUGUACGGCUUCCUCCAUGUGAUCGUCCACUCUGCCCAAGGAUUCAAGGAGUCAGCCAAUUUAUACUGCACUCUCGAAGUGGAUUCGUUUGGUUAUUUUGUCAGCAAAGCCAAGACCCGAGUGUUCAGAGACACCACAGAGCCGCAGUGGAAUGAAGAGUUUGAGAUUGAGUUGGAGGGUUCCCAGUACCUGCGGAUCCUAUGCUAUGAAAAGUGUUACGACAAAAGCAUGCUCAACAAGGACGACAACGAGAUUGUGGACAAGAUCAUGGGCAAAGGACAAGUCCAGCUGGAUCCACAAACCGUUCAGUCCAAGAACUGGCACAUGGACGUCAUCGAGAUGAACGGGAUCAAAGUGGAGUUCUCCAUGAAGUUUACAAGUCGGGACCUCAGCUUAAAGAGAACGCCGUCCAAAAAACAGAGUGGGGUGUUUGGAGUCAAAAUCAACGUGGUUACAAAGCGCGAGCGCUCCAAGGUGCCUUACAUCGUCCGUCAGUGCAUUGAGGAGGUGGAGAAGAGGGGGAUUGAUGAAGUGGGCAUCUACCGGAUCUCAGGGGUGGCCACGGACAUCCAGGCCCUCAAAUCAGCUUUCGACACAAAUACCAAAGACAUCCUGGUGAUGCUCAGCGACAUGGAUAUCAACGCCAUCGCAGGAACACUCAAGCUGUACUUCAGGGAGCUGCCGGAGCCGCUGCUCACCGACCGACUCUACCCCGCCUUCAUGGAGGGCAUAGCUCUCUCAGACCCGGCAGCCAAGGAGAACUGCAUGAUGCACCUCCUGCGCUCCCUGCCUGACCCAAACCUCAUGACCUUUCUAACUCUGCUGGAUCACCUCAAACGGGUGGCUGAGAAGGAGCCCAUCAACAAGAUGUCCCUCCAUAACCUGGCCACCGUGUUCGGGCCCACCCUGCUCAGGCCCUCAGAGUCAGAAAGCGCCAAGGGACAGCACAUCAUGUCCGCCUCCGACAUCUGGUCACAUGACGUCAUGGCACAGGUGCAGGUGCUGCUCUACUACCUGCAGCAUCCUCCCAUCACCUUUGCAGAGCUUAAACGCAACACGCUGUACUUCUCCACUGAUGUUUAAUCGUCAGAAAGCCCCACCACCACCGU